AUGAGCAAGCUGAGAAGUUUACCAAUUGUAUUUGAAUGCAAUAACUACUUUAUCGUGAACAAGCCCUACGGAAUGUUCUCCCAGCCUGGCGAUAUGGGACAGCAGUACGCUCAUCAUCCUCACAAGUCGAAGCCUCCGGUGGUGUUGGAUGAAUUGAAACGGCAAUACGGCGACAGGCCAGGCGGAUGUCUGGAAUGGAGGACUGUCCAUAGGCUUGAUGCUUGCGUCACAGGUGGUAUGCUGAUCGUGAAGAACAAGAAUGCUGCGAUUCAGUUCUCUAAAAACCUACGAAGAGGCGGUAACAAAGGUUUCAAGAUGACAAGAAAGUACGUUGCCUUGGUGGGCGACGGUGAGAUCCAUCCCAAAUACACAGGCGAUUCGGGAAUCAUCCAAUGCCUUGGAAUGGUCACGAAAUAUAGACGUUUUGACGAAAGGUGCUAUGUACUCGAGCUAGUUUCGGGUGGUAAGCAUCAGAUACGUAGGCAUUUGGCGCAAGGCGUUGGACAACCGAUUCUAAACGAUAACAGGUUUGGGGGGAUAUUGGUGCCAGGCACUGAGCCGACGCAGAUCGCUCUCCAUUCAGCCUGCAUUAAAACUGUGAUGGGAUUUCAAAGAAGAGCGCAUUUGAUUCCGAUGAUAUACAACAACGAUGGCAAGCUUUGGGACUCUAAGUACGUCGACAGCAAGGGCAACUUUAUCCCAGAGAUACAAAGGGUGCUACUGAAUGAUUCGAGUGACAUCGGACUUUAG